UAUAUAUGUAUAUAUAUAUAUAUAUAAUUUUCAAUUAUGUGCAUGCGUGCGUGUCUGUGUUUAGGUUUUCACCGCAGCCGCAGAUCGUCUGGAGCCGAAGUUAGAGGCGGUUGUGAGCCGCCACGACAGGCUUGGGCGCUGGAGCCGAACUCUGAUCUUCUGCAAGAACAGCAUAACUGCUGAACCGUCUCUCCAGCCCUCCUACCCCCCUUUUUUGAGACUGUCUCUCAUAAUGCAGUCCCGGCCGGCUGGAAUGCGUUUUUUUUUUUUAAAAAAAAAAAAUCAGGUUGGCUUCGAACUAGCAGAGGUCCGACUGGCAUUGCCUCCUGUGUGCUAGGGCUCUUAUUGUAAAGGAUUCUUAGGCUAGGUAACAAAGUCGUUUCUCAGCCUAGCUUAAUCCUGUCUCACUGUUUUAGUGGUCCGUGGUUCGUUGGUUGGUUUUGUUGAUUUAUGGCUGGGGAUCUACACUCCCAGCCCCUUCGGACUGCUUUUGAAUAAAGGAGCUGUUUCUGUCUUAAGGAGCUGCGUGGUUUGACUCAAUUCAUGGCUUCGCUCUCUUGCUGAAUCGUGACUGUGAAGUAUGUGAAUUGUGGCUGCCCAUCCGUCAACUGUUUCCAGAACGAUCGUGCGUGUCAGGAUGAAUGCGACCCUAGUGAAGCCGGAAACUGUCAUUGAGCAGUGGGAUGAGAAUGGAGCAUCCACGGACUGAAAUCAGUUCUGGCCCUCUCCUGCUUCCCAGGUUUCCCCUCCCCUAGAGCGAUGGGAGGAAGGACUAUGCAAAUGAACCCCUUUCUAUAUAGGGGUUCAUUCCCACCCCCCUGGCACCUUUGGCUGCUGAAAGGAAGAACAGAAUGAGUGUGCCAAGAAGACGCUCUCUCCCUCUGUUCCUGCUGGGUGCUCUGCUGGCUGUGGGGGCCGUAGAAGCAUCCAGGAACCAGGACUGGCUUGGUGUCCCACGGCAACUUGGAACUCACGCCUGGAACAGGCAGCUGUACCCCGAGUGGACAGAGGUGCAGGGGCCUGACUGCUGGAGAGGUGGCCAGGUGUCUCUGAAGGUCAGAAAUGAUGGUCCUACGCUGGUUGGUGCAAAUGCCUCCUUUUCCAUUACCCUACACUUCCCUGAAAGUCAAAGGGUACUGCCAGAUGGGCAGAUUAUCUGGGCCAACAACACCAUCAUCAAUGGGAGCCAGGUGUGGGGAGGACAGCCAGUGUAUCCACAGGAACCUGACGAUGCCUGCGUCUUCCCUGAUGGUGGACCCUGCCCGUCUGGUCCUCAGCCUCCAAGAAGAAGCUUUGUCUAUGUUUGGAAGACCUGGGGACAAUACUGGCAAGUGCUGGGGGGCCCAGUGUCCAGGCUGAGCAUUGCAACAGGCCACGCGAGGCUGGGCACACACACCAUGGAAGUGACUGUGUACCACCGACGGGGGUCCCAGAGCUACGUGCCCCUUGCACACUCCAGUUCGGCUUUCACCAUUACCGACCAGGUCCCCUUCUCCGUGAGUGUGUCCCAGCUGCAGGCCUUGGAUGGAGGAAACAAGCGCUUCCUGAGAAACCAGCCCCUCAUCUUUGCCCUUCACCUUCACGAUCCCAGCGGCUAUUUGGUUGAGGCUGACCUCUCCUACACCUGGGACUUUGGAGACAACUCUGGGACCCUGAUCUCUCGGGCAGAUGAGAUCACUCACACAUAUCUGGAGUCCGGCUCCGUCACUGCCCAGGUGGUACUGCAGGCUGCCAUCCCCCUUGUUUCCUGUGGCUCCUCCCCAGUCCCAGGUACCACAGAUGGCUACAUGCCAACUGCGGAGACACCUGGAACCACAUCUGGACAAGGGACCACUGCAACAGUUGGGGGGACUACAGCUGGCCGGAUGCCAACUACAGAGCCCUCUGGGACCACAGCUGUACAAAUGCCAACCACUGAGGGCACAGCUACUACUACCGCUGAGCAGCGGCUGACCUCAGCGGUCCUCGAUACCACAGUGGCAGAGACGUCAACUGUAGGGGAUGUAGGUACCACACCCACAAGGCCCUCUGGAGCCACAGUUGCACAAGCAAUGACCACAGAGUUGGUGGCAACUACCACUGAAGAGUUACCCACCCCUGAACCUGAGGGUCCAGAUGCUAGCCCAUUUCUGCCUACAGAAAGUUCUACAGGAUCCAUUACCCCUCUACUGGAUGGCACAGACACCUUAAUGCUUGUGAAGAGACAAGUUCCCUUGGAUUGUGUUCUAUAUCGAUAUGGUUCUUUUUCCCUCACCCUGGACAUUGUCCAGGGUAUUGAAAACGCUGAGAUCCUGCAGGCCGUACCAUCCAGCAAGGGUGAUGCGUUUGAGCUGACUGUGUCCUGUCAGGGCGGGCUACCCAAGGAAGCUUGUACGGACAUUUCCUCGCCAGGGUGCCAGCCCCCUGCCCAGAGGCUAUGCCAGCCUGUGCCGCCGAGCCCAGACUGCCAGCUGGUCCUACACCAGGUGCUGAAAGGUGGCUCAGGGACCUAUUGCCUCAAUGUGUCUUUGGCUGACGCCAACAGCCUGGCAGUGGCCAGCACCCAGAUUGUUGUUCCUGGUCAAGGCGGCGGCCUUGGGCAGGCUCCCUUGGUUGUAGGUGUCUUACUGGGGUUGGUGGCUGUGGUCCUUGCAUCUCUGAUUUAUAGGCGCAGACUUAGGAAGCAGGGCUCAGUUCGUCCUGCUUCCCAAAUGCCACACGGUAGCACCCACUGGCUGCGCCUGCCCCCAGUCUUCCGCACUCGCCACAUCGGUGAAAACAGUCCGCUCCUCAGCGGGCAGCAGGUCUGAGUACCCUCACGAUGCUAUGUGUUUCCUGGGGUUGACGGCAAUACCCGCAUUUCCUGAGGUCUUCCCUUGGAGACAACCAAUACCGGAAAUAAAUUCUCAGAACCUUG